AACAUGUUCAUUUAAUUAAUUUACUGUUAAUUCAACUCCGCUCUGUCGCUCUGAUCCAUACUAUAUCAUAUGAAUCUCAAGAAAGUGUAAUAUGGGUCCAUGUUUGUUAGAAAACACCUGUGCCUUGAAGAAAUUCUAGAUUCCUCAUGAAUUAUAAUGAGGAACCCAUAUAUAGCAGGAUGAACCUCAAGUACGGGGGAGACAACAUUUAUUUUAGAGGCUGGAAUAAACUGGGAUUGGCAGCGGGACCUUGACUAAUACAGAAUAUAAAUCUUAAUAGCUUUCUAUGAUAUACAGCAACACCUAAUGGAGUGUCUGGCCUUCUGGCCAUAAAAUUAAAUGUCACUGUUGCUUUGUCGACCCUCAUUAUCAUACAAGAGACUGAACAUUGACGUCACGCGUCUAAUAAAUAUACAAAUUACAUACAGAGGUGUAAAAUGUGACUUUGUAAAUAGGUGUCUCCACCUGUACCCCAGUCUCCCUGAGCGGAAAGCCUCUCUGACUCUGUCCAUCUGUGCUGGACGUACUAAUAAAGUUGAGUUUUAUUGCAUGACUAAGAGGAAGUGAAAGCACAAAUAUAGCAUCUUACCAGAACAAGGCCUCUAAAUAAUGUGCAUGAAUAAAUACAUUUGAUUCAGUGACCCAUGGAAAAUCUUCUGCUGUCUUAAAUUGACUUAAAAUGUCAAAAGGCUUAUAGGCUACAAGGCCUUGAACAUUUUAGCAUUUCCACUAAACCGCUAUAUGCGAGUAAUUAUGCAGUUUUAUUAGGAAUUUUCACUGCUUUGUAUGCAGUUCCAACUGUGGCGUUUUUCUGUGGGCUUUGAGGAUUCAAAUGGCCCAAGAGUUGAAUGAACUAGUAGCAUAAAAACAUUUGUCAUUUGGCUGCCCAGUUUCUCCACCUGCUCCCCUUUGGGAUGUUGUUGAGAGUGACAUCUGAAACACCUGCUUCGAUCCCAUUUACACAGUCAGUAAAACAGUCAUUCAAGCUGAAGAGCUGGUAAAAAAUGAGUGUGCCCUUGAAGCAUGGGCCAUGGCACUUGUCUUUUUAUUGAGCCUAUAAUUCACCUGUGACUGCCUGUUGAUUUAUCACACUUAGAAGGGAUGGGACUGUGGAUAUUGCUGAUGGCUGUUGUGGCCAGCAAAAGUGUGUGUGUCUGCUGUGUGGCAUGCAGGAGGGGGGAUAGGCUACAGCUGGUAGUAUAUAACCCAGUUGGGACCAACAGAGCAUGUACAAGUCUUCUUUCAACCUGAGGAGCUCCGUGCAAAUCAGAGUCACUUCCAACAACAGCGUCCUAUAGUGAUGAAGUGUAACCAUCUCCUGUCCUGGGUCUUCCUGCUCGUGGCCUCUGGCCCACUGCUGGCCCACCCCAUCACAGAAUCUGCUGAGAUGCCCUAUCCAGGACCUGUAUCAGUGGAGGACCGAGGAGUCGGCACUCUGGAUGAUCUGUCACUCUCUGAGCAAACCUUCCCCGUUCAGGAUGGUGCUGGUCUCAGAUAUUCCACUCUGAUAUCUGGGGAGAUCAACAGAGAUGGCGUCAGAACAACAGGCCUGCUCCCUAGGGGGAUGAAAAGAGAGGUCCUAUUGGAGAAACAAAGUCUCCUAAAUCCUUUCAGCCGUGUGAUGGGCAUUCGGAAGCAGUUCAGGAAGAGAGCAGGGAAUUCUGAGUGUUUCUGGAAGUACUGUGUCUAAAACUGUCAACGGGUAUUGAUGCUACACACAAGAGACAGGGCUUGCACUAAAACAAAAAUUUCUUUCUUGCACUCACAUAAGUACAUGCAGACAAAAUAAGAAACACCAUGCAUGCAUACACUGUAUGUGCGCAUAUGCAUGCCCCCGUGCAUGUACUCACACAUACACACACAUACAUAAGCGCUGUCAGUAUUUGUUCACAAAAAGAACAAUGCCAUAGGUAUGAUUGAGACAUGUUGCUUGGGGACUUUAAGAUGAUUUAUUGAGAUUUCUUUUCUGUUGUGUGAAACUAUAUUUAUGUACACACAUUUGUUAAAAGUCCUUGGUUGUCUGACGUAUGACCAAAUGUCUUUUAAAUGUGAAAGUCAAAGGUUAUACAGCACUGUAUGUUGAAUAGAAAUAAAAACUAUAUUAUAAAUACUGUUCUGCUAGUUGUCUUUUCUUGAUAAAAGGUGUUGGUGAGAAACAUAUUGGCAGCAGCAAAACCCAUUAUCCCCUUCUUAAAAGUGAAAGAGGAAACAAAAAGACGGAGCAAACUGUGUUCUCGAGUUUUCUUCAUUUUUUCCUUUUUUUAUUAUUUUACAGCAGAAAGAAUAUAAAGCAUUCAGAAAACAUCUUCCAUAUUUUAAGGGCAAUUCAAAACGUUUUGCAUGGCUUCAGCAGCUGAAAUCUCUUUUUUUUAACAUAUCCAUCGAGUCAGUGACGCUUGUACAUGCACAA